GUCUCCUUCGCCGCUAUAACCAGUUUCUCGCUUAAAUUUUUGAUACCUAACUGAUGCUAAUGACAUAACCUUGUUUGUACGCUAAACACAACAGUUCACUGCUUUAAAAUAUUAAAAAUUAAACAUGUCAUAAUAAAAAAAAUAUUUCUCGAUGGGGUUGUAGCAGUUUGAUACACGGUUCCUUUAUUAGGUUGACACUAAUAGCGCAGACUUCAGAAGGUUUGUUUACACUUUUAAGAGCGUUGUGCUUGAUUUGGUGCUGUUUUCUGAUGCGCGUUGAUGUUUCGUUGUGACAUUUAACGAUAGUGGCAAAAAAUUACAACUUUAAAAUGAAUAGAUUAUUGCUCAACCUUCGCGUUUCUACCACAUUCUUGGCUGCAACAAUCGUCCACAAAGAAAAUGAAAAAAACGAAAAAAUCCAUCGUAAUUUAGAUGGUUAUCCUAACAGCAUUUUUGCAACGGCGAUUGCUAAUUCUUCUAAGAUGAUCAGAAGAAGAAUGGAGGAAUGUGGAGCACCUGGGAUGGUGGUCGCCGUCUCCAUCAAUGGGAGGACAGUCUGGAGUCAAGGUUAUUGUUAUUAAGGAUUCGGAUACUCUGACGUGGAAAAUGAUGUCGAAUGUCACCCGGGAACAGUGAUGAGAGUGGCGAGCAUCAGUAAAUGUUUCACUUCAGUUGCAAUGGCAAAGUUAUGGGAGGAGGGAAAGCUUGAUGUUGAUAAACCAAUUCAUGAUUAUCUUCCCGACUAUCCACCUAUGAAAUAUAAAGGGAAGGAGGUUAGAGUAACUCUGAAACAUUUGUUGUGUCAUGUUGGUGGAGUAAGACACUACAACAAAGAGGACGUACCAGAUGAUAAAUCAAAAAAGGAAAAUGAAAGUGAAAUCUACUCAACCAAGCAUUACACCACUGUAACAGAGGGAUUAGAACUAUUUAAAGAUGACCCUCUUAUAAAUCACCCAGAUGAAAAUAAGUUUGGUUACUCCUCGCAUGCAUGGACAUUAGUAAGCGCUGUGCUCGAAAAAGCUUCUGGCAAAACAUUUCUCCGACUAAUGAAUGACACCUUCCAUUCACUUGGCAUGAAGCAUACUAAACCAGAUUUGAAUAAUCCAAUCAUUUAUGGCAGGUCAAGAUAUUAUGAGAGAAAAGAUGGCAGAUUAUUCAACUCACCGUAUGUUGAUCUCUCAUAUAAAUGGUCAGGUGGUGGUUUCCUAUCUACAGUUGGUGACCUUCUCAAGUUUGCCGAUGCUGUGAUGUACUGCUAUAAUGUCAAGAACACCAAUUACCUGCCUGGGUUUUUAAGGAAAGACACGGUUGAAAAGUUAUGGAGCAGUUUUUCAGUCCCACAACGUUCAGAAAUGUCUUCAGAUCCAGAAUAUAUGCGAUAUGGUUUGGGGUGGUACGUCUGUCCAGGACAGGAGGGGCGAGGUAAUUGUCCGAACCAUCAGUUGGAGGUUGCGCAUACUGGAGGAUCAGUCGGAGCAUCCAGCAUCAUCUUACUUCUUCCUGAUGCAAAGAUCGAUCUACCAAACUCCUGUCCUCCUUCAUCUGCAGAUUACAAGUCUGAUGGUGUACGCUCAGACGCCCCCAUGCAAGGAAUGUCCGUUGCUAUUAUAACCAACAUCGGUAAAGCCAAUCUCACUCCAUUAGCUCGAAAUAUAUCGCAACAAUUUCUCCGCUAAGCUGUUGCGCUAUUUUAUUCGAUAUUUUGCUUGGAACUUUUAUUAAUUUAAAGAAAUAGUGAAACACGACUCUUGCAAUUAAUUCUACACUUUUAUGGUGCUCUGCGUGGCCGUUUGUUUUUAAAUAAAAUUGUCUUUAUUCUGUUG